AUGGACAAUCAUGGCCUCACUCCAACUGCUCAGCACUUCGUUGAACUGACCCACAAUCCUCAUCACCGACAUCCUUCCAAAGACCCUCAUCAGCCUAUGCCUAACCCGCAUUUACUACAUGGAGAGGCAAUGACAUCUGCUAUACAAGAGGAAGACAUGGUCUCUCGCCACCGAACAGCUUCCGCUUUCGACGCUGAAAGCCAGUCGCCUACCAGAUCUGCCUCUGAUCCUCUGGAGCUCUCCAGGCGUCUAAAAUCAAGAACGGAACUCGACCGCAUCACUGCGAAUACUGCUCGCAAGCGUAAUGCUAUCUGCAAUCCUUUGGUGAUGACGGGACAUGCGCCUGGUUCCAAGUUGGCAGAGUUCUACGAGUCACAGAAUGAGCAGAUUCAAAGGCUAUUGAAACCCGUCGACGAGCAUGUCCGUGAAGCCAGGGAUACUCAUACUUCCAACCAUCUCCGUUUUCAGAUUGCCGUCUAUGGAAGCUUCAUCGCCAACAUCAUUCUAGCUGCCUUACAAGUAUAUGGAGCUGUUGCUUCAGGGUCUCUGUCACUAUUCACUACCAUGGCCGACGCCAUCUUUGACCCUCUGUCCAACGUCACUCUGAUCCUCUCCAACAAAGCAGUUCAAAAAGUCGAUGCCCGCAAAUUUCCUGCAGGAAAGGCACGUAUAGAGACGGCCGGAAAUAUCGUCUUCUGCUUCAUCAUGACGGCAGUCAGUUUCAUCCUGAUUGCUUUCUCCAUUCAAGAACUGGUCAGGGGCUCCGUGGAAGAGACCAAAGAUUUCCAUCUUCCUUCAGUCAUUGCGGUCAGUGUGGCCUUUUGCACCAAACUCGGUUUAUUCCUCUACUGCUGGGCAUUGAGAAAUCAAUAUUCCCAAGUGCGCAUUCUAUGGGAAGACCAUCGCAACGAUUUGUUUAUCAACGGCUUUGGUGUGCUCACUUCUGUGGGUGGCAGCAAACUUAGGUGGUGGCUGGAUCCUUCGGGAGCCAUCAUUCUCUCGGUGUUGAUCUCCGUCCUAUGGUUACGUACUGCGUACUCGGAAUUCCAACUCCUGAUCGGAAUCACCGCAGAUACCGAAACUCAACAACUCAUCACCUAUGUGAGCAUGACUCACAGUGACCACAUCAAACAGAUCGAUACUGUUCGAGCAUGGCAUUCCGGCCCUCGAUUGGUGGUGGAAGUCGAUGUGGUCAUGGAUCCUAACGAGAGUCUCCGUGUCAGUCAUGAUGUUGCAGAGGAGCUACAGAUGAAGUUGGAAAGCUUGCCUGAUGUCGAGAGAGCUUAUGUCCACUGCGAUUUUGAGACGACGCAUAAGCCGGAGCAUUUCCUGAAGAAGGAACUAUAG